GGGGGUGUACAUGACUUACCCGCCCCGCGGGUGCUCGAUCUGGGGCCUUUGAGCGAGAGGGGCUGUCAUGUUUAGUCACCUACCUUGUGCCCACCCCACGGCCCUGAAGCGUGCCGGGGCCCACGGACUUCCCCGCGCGCCCCCACUCCCACCAGAACAGUAUCCAGCCCGGCGUGCUCCCUCGACUCCCCGGAGCCCAGGGCACAGCGGCACCCAGCCCCUUCCCCGUGGCGGGUCUUCUCUGGGAUGACCGCUUCUGGAGAACCCCCCGCCCCCAAGAUGCUCCCGCUUUGGGGAGUGAGAAAAGGUUUUCUUUCCCCUGGUUCUCUACACCAGGCCUGCAUACGAGGCUUCUUGGUCCGACGCCAGUUCCAGAGUCUGCGAGCUGAAUAUGAGGCUGUUGUACAAGAGAUCGAGGGUGAUCUGGGCACACUCCAGUGGACUGAGGGUUGGAUUCCCAGGCCCGGAUUUCCCUCGCAGGCAACAUCCCAUUCAACCUGGCAAGCUGGAGAGAGGGUGCCAAAUCCAGAGCAGAAACAAUGGAGUCACCUCCUGUGUGAAAAUCCUGAGAAAGAGACUGUCUUAGAGAAGGUGAAGAAGUCAGGAGAGGGUUCAGCAAACUCAGAAAGUCUCUGCAGAGAUGACAACCCCUGGCUUCAAGAUGAGCAGAGCAGAAAAUUCCAGAAUCCCUCAAGGAUGGACAACCCAGAAGCUGCAGGGCCAAGGCUGCCCCAUAACCAGACUCAGCUCCAGGAGCUCCAGUAUCACUGCAGUCACUUGGCCAUGGAACUGCUGUGGCUACAACAGGCCAUCAAUAGCCGUAAGGAGUACUUACUUCUCAAAGAAACACUGGGAUCCCCAGAAGCAGGCCAGGCCUAUGAGAGAGCGAGGUCACAACCAAGUCUAUCCCUGGAAGACCACUUCUUCAGAGACAGCACCACUGGAAAGCCAGACUAUGCCAGUGACUCUUGCUGGAGACUCAACUCACAACCCCAUGAAACCCCAGAAAGACUUGCUACUACAGGCAAAACCACUGCUGGGACCAAAUACAAGGACCUGUGCCACAAGAGUUCUGGACCACGGCAGCCCACACUAUCAGAAAAUCCAGCCACAGAGAACAAGCUCACAAAAGAGCCAGAUGGUGGCAAACUGCUCUUGGGAGGGAGUUGUUUGCAACUGACAGAACUCCUGGAGGACCAGUCCUCCAAAGACUUCUGUCCUGGAAAAGGCAGGACAAAGCCACCUGUACUCUGUGAGGACCCAGAUGUUAAGGACAAAUCUGAAGGGUCAAACUACAAAGAGCCUGAUUGCCAAAGAGCUAGGCCACGGGAGUUGGGCUUCUCAAAGGACCAUUGGGAUGGGACUUUGGCAGGGCCAGAGCAUGGUGAUCUGGGUUGCUGGAGGACUAAACCACCCAAGGGCCAGGCCCCUAGUGAUAAAAGUUCCAAAGAUAGAAGCUCCAGUGGCCCUAGCCAUGAAGUGUGGGAACAACAGAGGAUUAGACCAUGGAUCUCAAGGUCACCUGAGAAACCAUCUUCACCAGGGUCAGACCACACAGGCGAGGACCACUGGAGGGGCAGGCUGUGGAAAACAGGACCGCCGGGCUAGACCCUGAGAGCCAGAGGAAGACCAGGUGCCAAAGGGAGAUGCUAUGAAAGGGCAAUGAGUGGAGAGCCUGGGGGAGAAUAAAGGUUUUCUUGGACUCUGAGCCUGAUUGCAUUCAUUUCCACCUCU